AAGGCCAUGAAUAUCAAUCGGUCGCGUGCAUCAUUUGUUGAUGCGUGGCGGCUACAGACAGCAUGGACAAUGAUUAUUUCUUUUUUCAAACAUUAUUUCUUUUUAGUACUGUAGGUCAAACUUAUGGAAACGGAACCGAACAUCUUCUGUCUACAACAUUUGCCUACCCCUUUCAAAAGUGGAUUCGUCUGAUCACAAUGGCCGCCUCCAUGUGAUAGUAGACCGGUGAUCACCUGGCGACGUUAAUUUUGCUGCAGCGACUUCAUUGUCACGUUAUUUUCUUAUAUCAUAAGACUGGGGUAUGAAGCCGUUCAACUUCCAGUGGCAGCGUGUGGCAGACAUCAAGAUGUAUCUGGAUGGAGGUCAGAGGUCAGAGGCUGUGACCUGCUGCUGUACAAGGGUGUUUCUGAAUGACUUCUGGCAGUAUAAGUUGGGACUGGAGGGCAAAGCUGAAAGCUAUAGUGAAAGUGAAGGUGAAAAUGUCAGUCAACAGGACACAACAGGUAGCGAGAACUACUGUGAAGAGGAAAGUGAAGAAUUUUCAGAUAUUUGUCAUGGUAGUAAGGAUGGUCAUGAGGGAGAUGUUGCUACCAUUCCCAGCUGUGAAGUCUACCAGUCACGAUGCUGUACAGAUCCAAGCAGGAAAGGUUUGAUGAAUGGGAUAGAGUCAUCUCAGGACAGUAAUGUGGAGGAUGCUGACAGUUUGAGGAGCUCUAGUGACCACACAGGGACAUAUGAUACACAAGACACUAGACAGAAAAAUUUGAGGGGUACUCUGUUCAUUCAGUCAGAACCAAAAGAAGACGAUGUUGCUGCAUCCUCGGAGGAAUGUGUUUGUGAAGCCUAUGAAGAUAUAGGAGAGUCGGAAAAGCAGGCCGGUGCUGAUGUUGAUGAGGAGAUGGCCAUGAUGUUGGCGAUGGGACUGCCCACCAGCUUUCUGGGGGACAGAACAAGCGCCCAAAAGACAAGAAACUCUCAACAUUAUGGCAACAGGAGCAGGCAAAAGUCAAGAAGUUCAAGAAGUAAAAAGAACCAUGCCUACCACAACAGCCAACAGUAUUCUGAUGCUGACUGCCCUGCUGAGGUGGAAAAUAUCUACAAUGGUGAGUUUCAAGGGCCUGGAGAAGAAUUGCUAACUUCACAACAACUGACAGAUAGGGAAGACUCCAGUGCUGACUUACAGCAGCAGUGGGAAGACUACUGGACAAGUUACGGGGAAUACCUUGUGUGGCAGAGUUGGUCUGAGAGGUAUCCAGAGUACACAGGUAACCAUGGUGACAAUGGUCACCCUGGGAGCACUGGGGAGACAAGUACUAGUAGUUGCCAAGCAACAGAGACCGCUGGAGGUGCAACAGAGCUUAUUGAAAGGAGUGAUACAGAUUACUCUCAGCUGGACAGUCAGAUCACAUCCUCCCAAGAACAUUGUAAUAGUCAUCAUUCAGCAAGCAUGGUGCCCACAGAACGUUGUCAAUCUGAGGCGGAGAGCAACAUUGACAUGUUGCUUCCUCACCAAGAAUCAAUGGACCUACAUGUACCUACAAAUCCUGCACCAGUAGGAGAAGCAGAGACAAUGGAGGCUGGUGUUGGGGAGGAUCAAAAACUGUGGGAACAACAUUGGUGGGAGGUUUACUACCAAAUAUACCAGCAGUUUGUGUACUGGAGAGGGAAGGAGCAGCCUGCUGAUUGGUGGGAUCAAACUGGGGAGGAGAGAUUAGUCCAAUCAGAGGAAAGUAAUCCUGGUCCAGAAUGUCAAGUUUCCACAUUGGGAAAGAUCACCACUGAUCAAUCUUGUUUCAUAUCAAAGUCACAUUCCUUAGAUCAGAAAGGUGUCAAUGUGUCAUCAUGUGAGGAAACCAGAACAGCCCAAUCAAACUCCAUGCUUGACAUACCUCAUCAUUUACAGAAACAGGUGGCUAGCCACUCAGAAAACUGCAUUGAAAAGGGCAGUGAAAAGUCUGACCAUUGGAAAACAAUAAAAGAACCUGUUACUACUUACCUGUCAGAGGAUGCAGAGCCCAGUGAUGGCCAAACUGGAGAAAAAAGGAAGCAGCAAUCAACUAAAACUGGACCGGAUUCAGAUGGUCAGUCUACAUCAAAGCCUGGGACAACGGUCAUCCUUGGGGCACCAGGUGGCAGUCGCCAUGGUAACACAGAUGGUGAUGAGGACCCUCCAGAAGAGCGACCAAUUAAGAUGAAAAGGAGUCAUGAACUAGAUGAAGAGGAAACACCAGCAGCAGAGGCCGAGGAAACCAGUAAACAAAAAGUGGUAGAGGAGACAGAGCUGACCUCUGACCCCACAAAACAGGACCAAGCAAGCUCUGACCCAGCUGCAAAGAUGGAGUCGACUUUUGGUGUCAUUGGCCUCAAAUUUGCUCGACCACCAGCUACAAGGUUCAAGGACUUGCCGAGAUUUUCUCAUAGUCAUGUGAACUUCCACCAGAGAAAAGUUGGAAAGCGUUCCAAGAUGCUGAACAUCCACACACAAAGCCGCACACAUAUCAGGUUUGAUGAGGCUGGGGAGGUGAGCUGCCAUGAGACGAGCCCAGUGGUAGGGAGAGUCAGGGACUUCCUGCAGGCUGUCGCCAAUGAAGAAACAGGAACUGAGGACUCAUCUCAGGACUUAGACUCCCAACCAUCCACAUCACAGGCAGAAGAUAACGAAGCACGGAAACCUUUCUUGGCAGAAAAGGAAAGCAGACAUCUAACAUCAGAAGAGGAUUCUAGCUCUUCAGAUUCAAGUGAUAGUGAAAGUGAGGACAGUAUCAGCAAGGAGACAACAUUAGCUCCCGUGCAAACCAAGAAAGACGAAAGUGAAACUGAAGAGACAGGAAGUGAGAGCGACUCUUCAGACAAUGUCACUCUCUCAUGUAAAAUAACAAAUGCACGCCAAACUGACACAGAGGUAACGGGGGACAGACAAACAGAUGAUACACCAUGUAUAAGGGACAGUCCAACUCUCCCAUCUCCUAAAGCUCCAGUAGUUGAUACCACAGGUAUAAACACAAGCCCGCUCAAGAAAAGAAGAAAGAAGAGAAGAAGACGACCAAUGACUCCUCCACUCCCCAUGCCACCAGAUGUUAAAGAUGAUCCUGAGAUAAUGAAGUACUGGGCACAGAGGUACAGGCUCUUCUCCAGAUUUGACCAUGGCAUCAAGAUGGACAGAGAGGGUUGGUUUUCUGUGACUCCUGAGAAGAUUGCCCAUCAUAUCGCAGAGAGAUGCCGCUGUGACCUGAUCAUAGAUGCCUUCUGUGGAGUGGGAGGGAAUGCCAUUCAGUUUGCCUUCACCUGUGAGAGGGUGAUAGCCAUAGACAUUGACCCAGUGAAGCUGGAGUGUGCCCGACACAAUGCUGCCAUAUAUGGAGUGGCAGAUCGUAUAGAGUUUCUCCAGGGGGACUACCUGCACCUGGCGGAGGGGCUGAAAGCUGAUGUGGUGUUCCUCAGCCCCCCCUGGGGGGGACCAGACUACCUCACAGCUGACGUCUUUGACAUCAAGACUAUGAUCGUUCCUGAUGGCUAUGAGAUAUUUGAGAAGACCAAGCAGAUUACAGACAACAUUGCUUACUUUGUGCCGAGAAAUGCAGAUGUUGAGCAGCUUGUGUCACUAGCAGGACCAGGAGGGAAGGUGGAAGUGGAGCAGAAUUUCCUGAACAGGAAGCUGAAGACAGUCACAGCCUACUAUGGGGAACUUGUGGAUGAGUAGCUUCAGAUGAACCUGUCGUCUGUACGUGGUCUCUACUCCUACUAUUGUCUUAGUCUAUUCAUUUUGGAAUAAAUUUUUUAGUUAUGGAACUUUAGACUAAGUCUUGUGCAGAUACAAGGAUGAUUUAUAACUUAAUUUAGAAACCAUGUAUUGGAUGAUUUAGAAAAUUGGCACUCCAUUUUUAGAUUGAUGUUUGUUUUAACCAGAUUAAAAGCAACAGAGUUUCACAGUCCUGCUAAAUGGGACUUUGUUCCUGACUAUGCUUUUUUAUUUUUUUCUAUACCAAGUGAAUGAUUUCAUAUAUUGUAUCUAUGACUGUUGACUAUGGAAAAGGAGAAAAUGAAUAAAACUAAAAGCUUA